CGAUUGCUCAGCUCGCCAAAACGGCAAUACGUUGGAGGGGAUGGCCGUCACAGCCCGCUCAGCCCCAUAAUGCAGCUCGAUGACCCAAUGGUUGAUGCGUAUCUCCAGGACGACGUGCUGGAGGACGUGAUUGCGGUUCGCCAGACCGGACACAGCAUGCCCGAACGCGGCACGUGUGCGGCCAGCGACAGCGACGACGAGCUCGACCAAUCGGACAUGGAUCUCAUGCUGGAGAAUCUGCGAGACCACCGCAGACUGGUAUGGCACAAGAGACCGUCGGUGUUCAUGAUCUGCGCCGUGGUGUUCGUCACGGCGUUCGUAAUAGGCAUCCAGCAGGGCCAGGAGCUCACCCUCACGUUCGACGGGGCGUGCCACUACUACAACAGGAAGCAUCCGGGCGGGAUGAUCAGCUGCGGCUCGCCAGCAAGCCAGCAGCUGGGCACGCGCAUCCAGUGGUGGCAGAACCUGAUUGGUGGUGUCGGCACCGUUCUUGUGAGCGUCCAGAUAGGACGCCUGAGCGACGUGUAUGGACGCAAGCCGCUGCUCGUGUACAACAUCCUCAUUUACGUCGUGUCCGGGUGUCUCAAAUUGCUGAUUUUCCAAGCAGAUCAGGCAUGGUUCACGCCAGCGCGGUGUCUGACGGUGCACUUUCUGGGCUCGCUGGCCGGCUCGCUGCCCGUCACCAUAGGGCUGUCCAACAGCUAUCUGAUCGACGUUGUUGAUGAAACGCAGCGGCAAACGUACCUGGCUGUUCUGGUGGCUGUUUUCUACAUGGGGCUCACUCUGGGCCCAAUGACUGGGGCGUUUUUGCCGCUGCCGAUGCUGAAUAUCUACGCGCUGUCUGUGCUCGUGCACGCGCUGGAUCUUGUGUUGGUGUUGAUACUUUUGCCGGAGUCGCGGUCUCGGAAACUCAGGCGUCGGUCCAGCAGGAAAAUGUCGUCCUUCAGUAUUUCCAAGCCUGCCAACGGGUUUGGCUCGACGUUGCGCCUGCUGUGGGUCACCAGACGCGACGCCAGCGGCAACAUCGACUGGACAGCGCGCUGGACGGUCGUCAAACUCCUCAUCAUCGAAGUCCUCAUGUUUUCUGCCACCAUGGGAGCAGGCAUCGUCUGGACAAUCUACGGCAAAUUCAAAUUCCAGUGGUCAUCCAGAGACCUCAGUUUCUGUAUCGGGCUCGCGAUGCUGUGCCGAGCAAGCGUCCUGCUCGUGUUCAACCCGUGGUUUUCCAGGAAACUCGCCCACCACUUCCGCAAGGAGACCACCAUAAUCGACGCAACCGACAAGUUGGCCAUGCUGCUUGCCGUCUUCAUGAACAGUGUCGGCCGACUAUUGAUGAUCUGUGCCGCGUCGCCGUCGCUGUUCCUCUCCAGCUUCCUGUUCGAGGGAUUCGGGUCCAUUCUCGACCCCGUGCUGCACUCGACGGUGCUCAAGUACAACCAGGCGCCCGACCGCAACGGAGAGCUGUUCGGCUGCUUUGCGCUGAUACGCAGCGCACUCAGCGUCGCCGCCCCGACCUGCCUCCUCACCGUGUACACUCUGACGCUGAAAAGCGAGCCAAAAGUCGCUCUAUAUAUCACCGAGGCCCUGAUGCUUGCGACUUUGGCAUUGGUGCUAUCUCUCAGAUAGUUUAUAUUCUUCUAAUUUCUCCCGCUCGAUCUCCUGCUGCCGUUUCCGUAACGCCUCGCCUUCCUCGCGGUCCACUAUCAGCAAAGGAACGCGCGGCUCCUCUUCCCGGCCGGAAAAUACACGCUCUCUGGCCGCCUCGUCGUGCGUCGGCUGGUACAGCAAAUGCGAAAACGACUGUGGCUCCGUCAUCGUGAUCAGCUCCGGCGGCUCCUCGGGCUCCUGCACAUACCCCAGAUACGGGGACGGCGGCGGCGACUGCAACUCCACGCGGCGUUCCGGGGGUUCGAGCCGCGCAGGCACUUCCAGCUGUGACUCUGAGCGCGCGGAGUUCCUGCGAGAGUAGGUGACCCGAAAUCCCUGGCUCUGCAGCACCUCGUACACCUUCUGAGCUGUCUCGAGCGUGUCGAAGAUGAUGACUAUCCGACGCAGAGAACGCAGCACGGAAAUCGAGACGGAUUUGUCCUCGGCACCCCACUUCUGUAAGCUCGCAAGAAACUCAUCUAGAAGAUCGCUGUUCGCCUGGUCCAGUAGAUACUGAUCGGUCACCACGAGCGUGUUAGUCACCAUGAG